AUGCUCUCCAGACUUCCAACGAACACCUAUCUGUUAUGUCUAGCCGCAAUGAGCUCUUUAUUCCUCUGCACGCUGUUUGUCUUCUGGCUAGAAGAGAUGUCCUAUCUUUAUUUUGAGGACAGCUUGAUCGGUCUUCAAUUCCGAAAUCUCAGCUGCAAGGUGAAUCAGUUCUUCGCUCACGUUUGUGACUUCUCCAGCGUGUGGCUGAUCGUUUUGGUUGGCUGUGAACGGCUUAUGCUUCUUCAUCGACAUAGGCGGAGUCUUACCACAGAAAAGGCGUGCGCUCAAGUAAUAGUGUUGAUUGUAAUCGCUAUGCUCUUUAAUUCGUGGAUUCUUUAUGUGGCCUCAAUUCAGCAUGGAGUUUGUGACAUCGACCCAGCUUUCGAUAAGGUCUAUCACGUGAUGACCGUGCUUGAGACGGUUAUCUGUAUGCUAGUGCCUUCAUUAAUUAUAUUCACUUCCAAUGUCUUCGUUAUAUACAAGCUCAAUGCACAUAUAAGGUAA